CCGCCCUCCGCGGCGCCGCAGCCUGUCGCUGGCGGCGGCCCUCCCCCGGUCGGAGCGAGCGCAGGGCGGCGGGGCAGGCCGCGGCUGGCGGGGGCGGGGGCGGCCCGCCGCGCACACAAUGCCCGGCCGCUGAACCUCCGCGCCCGCAUCGGCGGGCUGCCCGCGGCGCAGCGCAGCCGGUUUUCCCCAGAAUGACUUGAGGAUGCGGGCGGCUGUUCGUACCCUGACCCCCUUUUAGAAACGUUGCCGGUAGCUUGGUUGGUUCGGAGCAGCGGUUAAGUUGAUCGGACGAGUGGAAAUUUGCUCCUACGGUUUGCUUCAAACUUCUUUCUGAGCCACGUUUUUGUAGAGAUCAGUCAUGAUGCUUCAGUCUAUGCGCCCUGAGGAAGACUCUGCUACUGAGGUCAUUGUUUCCAGCUAGAUACACCUGAACCUAGCAGCUGCCAUGGAAACGGACUGCACGGAGGAGUCCGCCAGGACCAGGUCUCAGUCUGUGAUUUGCAGGCAACGCAAGGGAAGUGACCAGCAGCAGGAGGAGAACGGAGCGGGAGAACGGCUGUCCGAAUGGAGCGAUGCCUCUGUCACAGCUGUGGAGCAGCAGCAGCAGCCUCAGGCUCCCCCUGGCAAGCUGAAGAAAACUGCCUUCAAGCUGUUUGGAGGGAAGAGGAGUAUAUGUACGCUGCCAAGCUUCUUUGGAGGCAGAAACAAAGGCCAAGGGAAAGGAGCCUCCAAAAAGGGCCUCAGUAAGAGUAAGACCCAUGAUGGGAUCAGUGGUGCUGCCUGCGAGGAGAGCAGCAGGGUGCACUUGGAAAGCCCUGUGAAUGGAAGCAGGGACUCGCAUCCCUGUCCACUGCCAAGCUCGCAAAGUGUUCACCUGGCCAUAGAUACUAGUGUCAAGUUUGAUUUCAGCAGGCAGGACAGCUCUCCACCAGGGAGUAUUGAGGGCUGUGAGAAAAAACCUAAUGGGGACAAGUCAUUGUCCUUUCCCAGGCCAAAAAAAGGCCUGAAAGGACUUUUGAACAGCAUCCGGCGCCACCGCAAGAGCAAAGCUGCUGAGUGUGAGAAAGCAGAGCUCCCUGGGUGGAGCGGGGAUUCAGAGGAGGCCAACAAAACUCAAGGCAUGGGAGCGGAAACCCAGCAAGUUCCGGAGGGAGGGGGACCCGGACCUGUCCCUCUUGCCUGCCCGGAGAACUCUGAGGAUAGCUGCUCCGUGGGCACAACAGCCAACCUCGGAGAGACUGCUGAGCCAGACUGGCUCAUGGCUGAUAAAGGCAGCUCUGAGGGGGAUGCAGCAGUGACGCCUGUGAGCAAGGAUGUUCUAGAUGCAAAAUCAGAGGCUGAUGCUGUUGUCUGCAUGGAGUCUGACUAUAGCCAUCUCCCUGUGGCCCUUCAUCCAGACUUCACAGACAACGACCCUCCUUCGUUACACUCGGGGGACCAGCUAAGCCUCAUCUUUGGAGAUGUCACAUCCCUUAAGAGUUUCGAUUCCCUCACGGGGUGUGGGGACAUCAUUGCUGAGCCUGACAUUCUCAGCAUUGCUGAGAGCACGAUCUCUGUGGAGCGCAGCAGAGAUGCUGCUAAGCGGAGCUCCUGCCUCGUCACCUACCAGGGAGGUGGGGAGGAGAUGGCCAUGCCUGAGGAGGCAGAGGAGUACCUCCAGCAGAUGUGGGACAGCACUGCUGAAGGGGAUAGGAACUAUGAAGCCCAGUUGCCUCCAACUGUGAGCAAUCAUGAACCGCCAGUGGUGAGUAGCAAGUUAGAGACACAUGGCUUGCGCGAGGUGGAAGGCCACCCUUAUGCUGCGGGGGGGAUGGAUGACGUUGAGCUCCUGACACCCCAGAGCGACCAGCAGGAGUCUGCACCCAACAGCGAUGAGGGUUAUUAUGACUCCACCACGCCAGGGCCAGAGGAUGAAGCUGGGGAUGGUCUUGGUGAGAUCAAGAAGGAUCGUCUUCCCAGAGACAGUUACAGUGGCGAUGCACUUUAUGAGUUUUAUGAGCCUGAUGACACACUGAUGAGUCCCUCUCAGGGGGAAGAAUCCCUUUUUGAGAGCAAAGUGUCUCGUCCGGAGAUCUUCAGCUACUUCUUAGACUUCUGUCUCCCUGCUGAGAAGAGUCUGAUCCAGAUGAUGGGUCAGAAAAGUGGGGUUAUGGAAACUGAAGAAGAGCGGCUAGCUGCCAUUCAGAAAGAGCUGCUGUACUGGGAGCUGCAAAGGGAACCAGUCUUGAAGCGACUUGAUGUUCCCAGCAAAGAGAAAUGUCCCAGGGAAAAGCAGAAUGUUGAAUGUAAAACUAGAGCAGCCAACUUGAUUGGCAAAAGUCAGAGUUGCCUUGGUAGUGAGCAGAUUGCCUCUCAAGCUCCAAACAGAAGUGUGAAUAGUGGGGUUUCAGUGGCUAGAAUUGAAAAUCCAGAGUGGAGGGAUUUUCCAGGGACUUUGUGUCCAGAAAACUGUUACAACAGCCAAAAAGCCCAAGGAAGUUGCCUUAUUCAGCUUAUGAAAAACAACACUGCUUUUGAUUCUGGCCUGGAUCAUACAGUGUUUGGGGGUUCUCCCCACACUGGCUUAGCCCCAGCCAAAACGGGGGCGUACCCCAGCUACAGAACCCAUGAGCAUGAUAGCUGCUUGCAGAGUGAACACCACAAGGGAGUGGAAACUACUGCCAGGGAACCCCAGGCAGAAAGUGAAUGUGAACCCGAACAUGCUGUUAACUUCUCACAAGCUCUAGUGGAGUUCACCAGCAGCGGGACCCUCUUUUCUAGCCUCUCCGAAAGCCUUGGUAGUUCCGACUCUGGCUCUUCCUUUACUCAGAACCUCCCUGUCCUCCCGACCAUGGUCACGUUUGACAUUGUUGAUGUGGAGCACGAAGGAGAGGGGGAGUGUGAGCAGCAUCUCGAGAUGAACGCUGAUGAGGACAUUGCCGCGUCUUUUGAUGCCUUUGAUGACAGCUAUGUGCAGAAAGAGUCAUUUGCUGAAUGUGACGAGAGAAUGUUUCCAGGGUACCCCCACAGCUCCUUCCAGAGUUGUAACUGGGGUGUUGCCAGCCUUCCCCGCCACCUGCGUCUCCACGGACUGAGCCCUUCUAUGCCAGCACCACUCUCUGUUAACAGGAGAAGCAGGUCACUUGACACAGAGAGCCUAGAGUUUGAACUUGCUGACUUGCAGGUGUCCAAGAAUGGCCUUAAGCCUUGCCAGCUUUGGUCUAAAUGGGACAGUGGCAAAAAGGACUCUGAUGGAGCGAGAAAGAGCAGGAGCAAAGGGGAUGCCGAGCCGUCUGCUCCUGAAGGUGGAGAGGUUGAUGGUGUGCUGAGCUGGCCGGGCUUGCAGCAUCUCCAGUACGACACUGACCUGGCUUCUGAGAGGAUGAAACACUGGGGUUUUGCUCCAGCUGCCAGAGCUGCUGUGAUAGAGAGCACCUGGGAGCCAUCUGAGCAGCCAGAUGUGGAUUCCUCUUUUCCGUCUCAUUCCCGGAGCAAUGCUAGAGAGGCUUUGGACAGGAGGCCCCAAGAGACAGAGCCUAGCAAGCACCUGGUCAGGCCAUCCAAUUUACCUCUGCAGACUGACACGAGACAGUCCCAGGAGGUGUCUGGUCCCUAUAGGUAUCAUGGAGAAGUCAUGGCCAAAAAGCUUGCUCGUGUGUUACCACUGGGAGAAACGGAGUCUGAUUCACCACAGAGCUUUGGUUUCGCUCAGUCCCCUGAGAAACCAGCCACGUGCAAACCUGUUGGUGUCACACAGGGAGUGCCCCAGUUUCACGAUGACAACACUGAAACCUUAAAAAGCCCGGCCUGCUUUGCAGAGCUGUACGGAAGCGGCAGCAGAGAGCUGCUGAAAGGGAGGGCCACACCGGGCAGCACACUGCCCAUGAGCUGUCAAAGCACUACAGUGAAUGUAACCGUAGCCAAAUAGCUUGUUGGGGAUGGCUGGGGAGGGUGGCAAGGGGUUACCAGGGACGGGUGUGGGGGGGAAGAAAGUGAACAUUAAUGAGUGACUUAAUUUAGUACUGGGCCAACAAAGAUGAACUCUCUUGCAGCUGCAGUACAUAGUCUCCAUGCUGCUGCCAUUCUGCGCUGCUGCAGGUACUUUGGUUUGAUUUAAUGCAACCUCCUAGAUUCAUAGGUUAACACUGAGGCACUUUUUUUUUUCUUUCAGUGCAAACCACCACUCUCUUGAAUAGAAUACGCAGUGCAGAAUGUGGUAACAGCCCCAGUGCACAGUCCCAUUGCUGCUAGAAUAAAAUCUGGAAAUGGACACAUUUCUAGUAUGGCAGGUUUGUUUUCUGCAGAUUUAACUAAAGGGACACCAUCAACUUCAAAAGAGAAAUGAAGCGAGAGCUUUGUGGUUUUUAAAAGAUUGAGACAUGUUACUGCCCUGUGAACUUGCUUUGUGUGUGUUAGUUGUGAAUAGCCACUUCCGUGUGUUUGGGUCUCUCGCACCAUGACUGCGUGAAGCAAGGCGCAGCAGAAAGGGGGAGACUGGGGCAGAGUGUGCCGGGGCGCUUUGGGUGCGCUCCUGAAAUGACCACUUAUCCCUGGAACUAGGGAAGCAAGUCUUGUGAAAACUCUCCAAAGGAAUUGUUUAUUUGUCAUCCCUGUGAAACGUUUCAUCUUGGACAGACUUUCACUGUCUCCCAUCUUGUUGAGUUCUUGAGCUGGUGGAACUGCGAGGAAGUGCGUGGGUUAUUUUGAAGGAGAGCAAGCAAGGGAAGCAAUUCAGCUGAAAGGGGAACUUUGCUGUAGCUUAUUUUUUCCUGCCCAAAAGGAAAGAAGGAGCUUUUGUGUGUGUGCUGAUAACACUUUCCAGUUCUAGUUUUAAUUCACUUAAAAUGCAACACUCGGAGAGACGUUCUGUUGAUGGUGUCCCUUUUAAGAACAAAGUAUCAAUCCCUUUUUCUUUGUAGUGGUCUGUUUUCGUGCUGCAUAAUCUUCCACGGAAACCUUUGCUUUUGCUUCGUCCCACAUUCCUCGCCCCUCUCAGGCCAUGGGGCACAUGUAGCAGGUUUGAAAUAAGCUAAAUUUGGAUCGUGCCUGUAGCUGUGAAGUUGCAGGUGCUGUUACUUUCUUGAAAAGGAAGUUUUGUGGGAUUUUUUUAUUUUGUCUUUAUUUUCUUUGCAUAAACUCAUAUGAGGAAAGUAUUCUGUUAGUUGGAAUACAGGAUGUAACACAGCCUAAAUUAGGCUUCACAACUUCUUCCUCCUAACUGGAGGGAACAAAAAAUGCUGGAGGUUGCUGCAGUUAUUUGAAUUUUUUUCUUCUCUCGAGGAGUGUGGAGGGGGGAAAUGAGCUAAGGAGAUACACUUUGCUUGGAAGAGGCUGUAUGAGCUCUUGGAAACAUCUGUUUCAGGCUGUUGGAGCAGAGCUCAUACCUUUCCUGAAGAAGUCUCCUGUGUCCCUGAUCUCUUGUACAUUCGUCUCUAAAACAGACCUUCCUUUCUGUGACUUACGAAGCCUCUUUCUACUCCUGUCAAAGUUCUGUAUUCUGAUUUUAACUCAGCUAGUGAUGAAUUACAAGUUCUUUCUGAAUUGCCCCUUCUCUGCUUUUCUUUGCAGCAGAGUUUGUAGCAUUUAAAAAAAAAUAACAAACUGGAAGUAUCACGAUGUCCUCCCUUCUCUGGAGUCUUGUAGCAAGCUGUGGGGGGAAUGGCAGGUCUGCUCAGCCCUAACUUGAUUUUUCGUUGCUGACUCCAGCCAUUUCUGAUGUAGCAGAUAACUGAGUGCUGCUCUCUAGAUCCGUAACCCAAUUACAGAUGUGGCUCCAGCUGGAAAAGUAAGCAGUUCCCUGGCAUCACUGUAUUUGCAGAGUACCAAGGCGCAAAGAGCGGGGCGGGGGAGAGGGUGUUUUGUUUUUCCGGGAAAGUGAGGUCCUAAUAUUUCUUAUGGAGAAGAGACUUUUUAAUAUCCUGCCCAUGUAUACCCGUGCAGGAGAGGAGAGGGGUAGGACCAGGCUUUGCUUUUUGGUGGUUCCAUUCACGUGUUUAUUUUCUGAACAGACUCCUGAGGCUCGAGUACACCCAUCUGUGUGUCCCUGGAUUAAACCUUCGUUCUUCAGUGUUACUGUGCUGGUACCGUUGCAGAGAGUCACUGUGGGAACCUGCUGUGCCACGUUUUCCUUCCUUCCUUCCCUCCGUGCAGCCCCGUUGUAGCAAAAAGGAUUUCAUGGGACACCUUCAGCUCUUUGUUAUGCUUGACACUGCUGUCUGUGUGUUCAUUACUGCACCGAGUCGAUACGCUUGGUGCUCUGUCAUCUGAUUACCGUAGGUGGAAAGGAUAACGCGUCUAGCUAAUGGAAGGUCACCUUGGCUCCAAGGUUGUUGGUGCAGUCUCCCCUCCUGAUUCGGGAAGGAAUCCUUAUUUAGGGCAGCACAGGAGCACGUGUGUCAGAGCCAUGUGAAUUGGGGUUGAGAGUGUCUGAUAAUUAAUGCACCUAACUGGGAUGGGACAGCUCAAGGCCUCCCUCUCGCUCCGAGUGAGCACAGUUCAGAUCUCAGCAUCGUAGCUAAGGUCCGUUACAGCCCACUGCCGUGCACAACAGGUCACUAGCAGAUAUUGCCAGCAACACUGGAGUUGUUGUAACACAGAUAGGUGUUCACAGUACUUGCUUGGCCUGAGCAGCAGCCUCUUGCUGAAUUUUUUUAAAUUACGCUUUUUUUUAAUCAUAUUUUAGCGUGUCACCAAAGGCAUCUUGUGGGUUAUAGGGGUUUUGCUUAGUGUUUUGUUUAUAAAUGGUGCAGCCUUUGCCAAAGUUUUGGUGAAGCAUGAAAGUGUCUCAGUGCUAAAAAUGAAUGUUCAGUUGCAAAUGCAUGUCUCUAAUAAUAAUUAUUUUGGUUGUAGGUACGUAAUAGAAAGACUUACUGAAAACAGUUUCUAGACUCUAAUGUGUGAAAGCAAUACAGCCAAGACUUGAUAAUCUGACUUAAUACCAAAGGUUUGUCCUCUUAAUUUGAUUUGAACUAAAUGAAGCAGAUAUCUAUUGAUUUUAAAAUGAGAUUUCUAAAAGCGUUUUAGAGCUAAUUUACUGGAUUAUUGGAGUAUCCUGCCCCAUUAACCCAAAGAAAUAAGAAUUUUCAAUAUACUAACCCAGUCUGUAAAUUCUCACUGCUAUAGAGAGAUUGGAUUUCAUUUCCUAAUAUACUGCUGUCCCUAAAAUACCUGUCUGCCAAGGAAUAAAUAGGACCAGAUCUUCCGCACGAUCAUAAAGGGGCUAUAGUGCUUCCUCAGUUCAGAAAUGCCUUUAAGGGGGUGGAACGACAAGCAGCAAUUUCUUAAAUGCUGAUUGAGAAAGUGAAAGACGUUCUGGCAGCCACGCUUUUGAGCUGUAACCGGUUGCCCUGCUGGGAAGGGAGACGGGUCCCCGUGGCCAGAAUCCCGAGGCAGCCUGGAGGAUCCGUUGCAUCCUCUCGGCUCACGUUGCUUGUUUUUACUGAGUGCCAAAUACAAGCUCCUGCGUCUUGGUCUUGUUCCCCUAUGGCUCUGGGAGAGACUUUUCACAGCUGUGUCGUCAGAAUUAACCUUUGAGCCACUGGAGCGGGGUGGGGGGGGGAAAUACACUUGUGCACUUUUCCUUUUCCUUUCAAAAGCAAUGGAUCCUGGCAUGAAAGGAUAAGAUUUAAGGCUGAUCCUUCAUCCUUUCUCUAAUUUAGCAGGCUGGCUGUUGAUCGCUAGGUGUACGUAGUGGCCCCUCUUUACUGAAACCCACUGGAGUGAGUGUUGGGUGUAGCAGAGAGUGUUUUGAGUAAGUGCGUUGUCAGAUUCGAGCGGGAUAGAUCCAUCGCUGCCUUGUGGUGUGAGAGGGGGACUCUGUCAGCCCACGAAGCUCUUUCUGGCCGUGAGCUUUCCGAGGUGUGAGCGUUUGCUCUUACACUACUGCCAGUCUUGUAACAUUUACAAGUACAAUUUUCCAUUAAACCUGAUGGGGAAAAAUUUCCAGUCUGAGUCCUUGUAUCGCAGAGAAGACAGAAUCAGUUUGAGUUCUCAGUUAGCACCACAACAGUUUUAGUGAUAUCUGGAUGAAGUCAUUGCCUUUUAACUUGAUAAAAUGUAGACUUACCUGAGGAACCUGAAGUCAAGUGUAGUAGUUGUAGCUUUUGAUGAAAAUGAGGUCUACUGAGCUAGUAAUGAAUCGUAAAUGUCAGGAACAGAAAAAUUGUCUUGCAAAGGCAUUAAAAAAAAAAAAAACCCUCCACCAAACCUCAUGGACCUUAACUGAAAAUGUCCCUUGCAUGAAAGACCUUGACUUAAAAUGGUGAAUUGUGGCUACUAACUUGCGGAUUAAACCACUGACAUUUGGGUCAGUCUACCAAGUAAUUCUGUAUUGCAUUUUGGGGAUUUUGGGUUUUUUUUGUUUUUAUAUACAUAAGAAAAUUGUCAAUUUUAUCUAUUUUUGUAUAGUUUUGCAUUUUAUAUUCAUGGGGAAAUUUUAUGGACUGUUCUUUUACUUAUGUACAUUGUGUUGUAAAAUGCUGUGGUUUACAGUUCUAAUGGAGAAAAGGCAAUUGCUGCUGUCACUGCUGCUGCCACUGCCUGUGCAAUGGAAGAAAACCAUCUUGCUUCUAAUAUCCUUGUGUAACGUGCUCUUCAACUUUAUAUGAAGGACUAGUUCUGAAAAUCAGAAGCCAGUCCGUUACCAAUACAUACACUGCUAAGGUGUCUUUGUUUUAAUACUGGUUUGUCACACUUGUCAACUGUUUUUUAGCUUUGUUUUAAUCUGAAUUUGUGGACUGUGGUGAUUUCUCCCUAAAAGUAUUGUUGGCUGUCUUUAAACUAGAAAACCGUAGAUUUCAUUUGCGACUCUUGUUCUGUGUGUUUAAAUUAUUUCAUCCGAAAUUGGGGCUUCUCUUGAAUCACAGAGAAUUCUGCUCCCGUAAGUGACUGCCCUUGCAGGGCAGAAGAUGCUGUCGGUUGGUGCCUGGUGGUGUCUUGAAGCUGGUGGCAAAGUUCCUCUUUCCUUUGUGCUCCCAGGCCAGAUUUAUUUGGGCCACAUCUGGACCUGAUAGAAGGAGCUCAUGUCCUGGCACAGGAGCAGCACAGCUUCCUCUGUGCAGCACUCUCCUCUGUGGACAGAAGUACCCUUAGCAGAGCAGGGAGGGUGCCUGGGUGUCCUUCAAAAAGGAAUUUACCAUUGCUGCCGGACGCCAUGAGAGGUGCGAGUGUAUCCACUCAACCCUGCCCUAGAUGCUGGCCUGAGCUAAAGAUACUAGCUUGGUCUAGCAGCAGCUUUGCCCCUUGUGCAGACAGUAUUGCCCGCUCCGUGUUUGCAAACAGCUCUUUAAACAAUUCCACAAUCUGAAUGGGAAUGGAGGGACUUUCCACCUUCUUUCUCCUCUUUUGCCAGUCUGGAGUCUCAGCAGCUCCAGUGCUGUGUUGUCUGCAUUACCGACAUGGUUCUUCCUGGCGCAAUACUGCCUUGGAUUUUGGGAGCUCUGUCUAGCAAACAUAAUUAAAAGGAGCACUUCUGGUAAGCUAAAACCUAACACUUGUUGACGUGGUUCUUAUCUUUUUUCUUCUUUUUUUAGUUGAAUGAAUGUACUGUUUUGUUUACUUGACUCUAAGUUGUGUGCCUGCAGAGUUUGCAACCCUGUGUGGGGGUAUAAGGGCUGACAUAACUCCUCUGCAGAAGGUCAAGUUGAUUAAUUGAGUGGAAGUGAACAAUGUCAAACAAUGGCAUGCAAAAAGAAAAUUAAAUGCUGAAAAGCUAGAAGAUUACAGCUGAAAGCAGACUUUUUCCCCCCUCAUUCCCCCCCGCCCCUUCCUGACCAAUGCCAGCAGAAAUGGCAAUUGCAGCUGAGACAUUUGGCUCUGCAUGGAUUUUUACGUCUUUUAAUUAAGUAGCUCUUAACCUAACAGUGCUCCUUUUUGUUACUUUUUUUUAAUGGGUUUGCCUCUGUUCCUGGAGGGGGGACUGGAUAGCAGGUUGCUUGGCAGACGUUCCUGGGGCAGUCCCACCCACGCUGCAUUUGACAUUCCCCCAGCCCCUUGAUUUGAAGCUCCCUUGUCUCAUGUGCAGCUCUAACUGUGCACUGAGCUGCAUUAAGUCAAAUGGGAUACCUACUUUUUUUCUCCAAUGUUGUAUUAUCCUAGAAAUCAAAAAGAUCUUCAGCUUAGCCAGCCCAGCUCCUGCCAUGGCCGGGCACCUUCUCCGUGCUCAUUCCCCUGGUUCGCAAACAUUCCAGUGCGAGGGCCAGGCCUCGUCCUGCUGCCUCUUUUGCAAGAUUGCUUUCAGGUGGUGAAAACAAAUGAAAGAAGCUACACUUGGGUGAAGUGAUAAAUUAAAAUCUAGAAAAGCCUGUCAGGUCUAAAGAAGCAGCCCUUUCCCCCGGCUGCCCUGUGCUUUCCCUCUGCUGUCAACCUCCAAGGCCAGCUGCAGAAGAAGGCUCUUCUCCAAACACCACUCGGAGCAGCCUGGUCUCCCGUCUGGGCUGAACAGCUUGGCCUGGUGGGUGGCAGCUAGUUUCUCUCCUGCCCCUACUAGGUGACUGACUUGUUUUUGUUUCUGUUUUUUUUUUUUUUUUUUUUUUUCUUUUUUCUGGUCUCAUUGCUACUAGCUCUUUAAACUUUUUAAUGUAUUGACUGUGUUUUAAAUUGAAUGUUCCUUUCACUGCAUUCUAAUGAAUAAACUUCAGGUUUUUAGAGAA